CUUGGAAGGUUUGUGGGACAGGUGACUCUGAACCAUCCCUUAGCUGUGCUGCUAUAGGUCUAGGCUGCUGGGAGACUUCCCAUGAUGCACUGAGCUCCCAUCCUCUAGUCUCUCUCAUUAACUCUGUGUCUCCAGAUCAUUAAAGUCUAGUUUAUAUGGUCAGGUAGCUCCAUCUAGUGGACAGAUGGAACUCCGCGUUGUGAUGUGGACUUUCAGGUCAGACGACCUUUGACGUCACUCUGAUGUUAUCACACGGAAGUUGUGCCGACGUAACUUCAGAUCAAAUGCACACAGACUCCAGGACUGACCUGAAAGAAAAUCUUCUUUUCUCCAAACGUUUCCUCGACACAUGAAGGUGGAACGUGACUGAAAGUUCACCUGAAGUUCUGCAGAUCUCCCAGCAGGUGAUGGAUCAGACUGAGGUCAGACAGGAGGGAGUCCCUCCCUCUAAAACCACUCCAUGUGGGGAACAUGAGAACCAGACUGGAGCUCAGAGGAUUAAGCAGCAAAGACCAGACUCUCCUGAACACAGCUGUGUGUCCUUGAAGAGCGACUUUUCUCAGCAUCGCAAUGUUGAUUUUAAAGUAGAACAACCUGCUGAUAAAAGGAUUAAGCAGCAAAGACCAGACUCUCCUGAACACAGCUGUGUGUCCUUGAAGAGCGACUUUUCUCAGCAUCGCAACGUUGAUUUUAAAGAAGAACAACCUGCUGAUAAAAGGAUUCAGCAGCAAAGACCAGACUCUCCUGAACACAGCUAUGUCUCCUUGAAGAGCGACUUUUCUCAGCAUCGCAAUGUUGAUUUUAAAGAAGAACAACCUGCUGAUAGAAGAGUUCUGCAGCAGAGCUCAGAGGUUCCUGGUGGUCGGUCUGCACAGAAACAUCAACAUGACCUGGACUCCAUAUUUAAGCUGCUGGAGGAAAACAUGAUCAGUUUUGUGAAGAACGAGCUGAAGAAGAUCCAGAAAUCUCUUAGUCAAGAUUACCUAGAAUUCAUAGAGAGCCAGAGGGAUGAUGGCAUGUUGGAGGGUGAGGAUGAAGAGCAGAGGAGGAGCAGCAGAGAUUUAUUAGUGAAGAUGACAGCGAACUUCCUGAGGAGAAUGAAGCAGGAGGAGCUGGUUGACCGUCUACAGAGGAGUAAGAGGAUUUAACAGCUUUAAGUUGAUGGAAAGAGGAAUUGGAGGAAGGUGUUAUGAUAAUGUUAUAUUUCCAGACUCUGUUAAUAUGAUGCAAAAAUCUGGAUUUCCACUGAUGAUCAAACUGAUGGAUUAAAUAAAAACUAAUAACACACUGUAAU